GAGCAUGCGCCAACUGCUCACGCAUGCGCUGCUAACUUGGAGGCUUAUGAAAUCCGUCCCUAAGGUCUUUUAAGUCUAGACUGCUUAAAGGGUGGUGGUUGCAGGUCGUCAUGACCAGAACUGGGGGAGAAGGGAGAGAGCGCGUCGGUCAGGCACGUUGUGCCCUGGCGUUGCUUUGGCUGACAGUGACCGCUGAUUUAUCCUCCGCUUGGAGCAGCAGGGAUCCCCUUCAGCAGCAGCGGUGGCCAGUUCCUUACAGGCGUUUUGAAUUCCGUCCUACACCAGAUCCUUAUUGUCAAGCUCAAUAUACUUUUUGCCCAGCUGGUUCUCCUAUUCCACUUAUGAAGGAUGAUGAUGUUCUAGAAGUUUUUCGAUUACAAGCCCCAGUAUGGGAAUUUAAAUAUGGUGGUCUCUUGGGGCAUUUGAAUAUUAUGCAUGAUGCUAUUGGGUUCAGGAACACUUUGACAGGCAAGAACUACACCAUGGAAUGGUAUGAACUUUUCCAGCUGGGAAACUGCACAUUUCCCCAUCUCCGACCUGAAAUGAAUGAACCAUUCUGGUGUAAUCAGGGAGCUGCCUGUUUUUCUGAAGGUAUUGAUGAUAGUCACUGGAAAGAAAAUGGGACCUUGGUUCUGAUUGCAACCAUAUCAGGAAAAAUAUUUAACCAAAUGGCAAAGUGGGUAAAACAGGAUAACGAAACAGGUAUUUAUUAUGAAACAUGGAAUGUCCAAGCCAGUCCAGAAAAAGAGUCAACAGUAUGGUUUGAAUCUUAUGACUGUUCCAAAUUUGUCCUAAGAACAUAUAUGAAGUUGGCUGAAUUUGGGGUCGAAUUUAAGAAGAUAGAAACCAACUAUACCAGAAUAUUUCUAUACAGUGGAGAACCUAUAUAUGUGGGAAAUGAAACUUCAAUUUUUGGACCUUCAGGAAAUAAGACUCUUGCUACUGCUAUAAGGAGAUUUUAUUACCCAUUUAAACCUCAUUUGUCAACUAAAGAAUUUUUAUUAAGUCUCUGGAAAAUAUUUGAUGUAGUGGUUAUCCAUAGGCAAUUUUAUUUGUUUUAUAAUUUUGAAUAUUGGUUUUUACCAAUGAAGCCUCCCUUUAUAAAAAUAACAUAUGAAGAAAUUCCUUUACCAAGCAAAACACUGGUUUCUAGAACAUUUGGACUUUGAGAGGGACAUGCCAGUAUUGCCUUUUUGGGUAUUCAGGGAGUGAAUGAUUUGAUCCCAUUAUAGAUCAUUCAGGAACCCUAUGCCUAUUCGCCUUUCAUAGGUUUUUAUGGGGCAAGUGGUGAAAUUCAAAUCAACAAAUCACUUUACUUGUUAACAUCUCUUGGGAUUUGGGUGAGGAGAAGUAAAUACUGUAUUGCAUUGGCAAAAGCUAGCCUCUUGGAUUAUCUGGAUUUCAAGAGUACAUUAACAUUGAAGUAUUACAAUCUGUGGGACUAAUAUUAUACAGACUGUUAUAGUGCCUUGUACAUAAUAGGUGCUUAAUAAAUGUUGGAAUUGAAUUACAUAA